AUGAUUACGACUGAUCGAGGCGCGCAGUUUGAGUCCACACUUUUCCAAACUCUUCCCAACUUACUUGGUUGCACACGUAUCCGGACGACGGCCUACCACCCAGCUGCCAACGGCAUGGUUGAGCGUUUCCACCGCCAGUUAAAAACUGCACUGCGUGCCGCAGAAGAUCCCGAAAACUGGUCAGACAAUGUACCCGUUGCACUUCUUGGCAUUCGUGCGACACUGAAGUCAGACUUGGACUGCAGCGCAGCCGAAUUGGUUUUCGGCACUACCCUCCGACUCCCUGGUGAGAUGGUCACCCCAACCUCUCGUGGUGCCGAAGAGACCCCCGAAAAUUUUGUGCAUCGUCUGCGACAAUUCAUGCGCUCGCUUUCCCCGGUUCCACCUCGAGCUCCAUCGACCGAGCCUUAUGUUGAAAAAGGCUUAGCCAACUGCACCCAUGUGUUCGUUCGGUGUAAUCGUGUGCGGAAGCCGUUAGAAUCACCAUACGAAGGACCGUUCCGUGUGCUUGCACGUAACAGCAAGACCUUUCGGAUCCUGCGAAGUGACAAAGAGGACGUAGUCAGCAUCGACCGGGUCAAGGCUGCUGUUGCAGAGGAGCCCUCGGACGUGUCUCAAGGACAAGAAUGUGCUGGCCCCAUACCUCCUCCCACUCCUUUUCGACUUUCCCCACCUAUCCCUCCGUCCCGUAUACUUCCUCUUCCUUCUUGUUCGCAGCAUCAAACUGCAACCUCUUCCUCCACCCUUAACUUGUCCACUACAACACCUACUCAGCUGCCUCCAACAGUGCCUCCUGCAUAUAUCACCCGCAGUGGACGUCACGUUCACUUUCCCGAUCGUCUAGUUACUCAUUUCUCCUAG